ACCUACUCCGUUUCACCACCGGAGACGACGUCGUUUAAUUACAGUGUUUUACCAGUUUCAUGUUCAUCAAUUGAUCUUCGUCAUCAAUCUACUUUCCUCUUCAAGUCGCAGAGUGUUCGAACAAAGUCGUAGAUUUCUGGGUCCGUGAUAGAUACAGCCAUGAGGAAAUCGGUGAAUCGUCCGCCGACGCCGGAUGUUAUGGAGAAUCCAGGAAAAGAGCCCACUCUUCAAGAGCUUAUCAACAUCGAGUUGAUUGAGAGCGGUGAAAAAGAGAGAUUAAUGGAGCUUCUGAGGGAAAGGCUAAUAGAAUGUGGGUGGAAGGAUGAAAUGAAAGCUCUUUGCAGGGCGUUUAUAAAGAAAAAAGGGAGGAACAAUGUUACUGUGGAUGACCUUGUACAUGUAAUCACCCCAAAGGGCAGAGCCUCCAUUCCCGAUUCCAUAAAAGCGGAGCUUCUGCAAAGAAUUCGCACAUUUCUCGUAUCAGCAGCUCUUUGAUGCGCCAUGCUAACUGUGACAAUAGUAGGAAUAUGAUGAUGAAGCCUUUGCUGAAUGAAACUCAUUUGAAAACUAGUUCAGCAUUGCAAAGUGCCAACAUCUAUUCAGUUGCUUGGAGGGUGGGGGCAACUGUUAUUUCUGGGAAUUAAAGCUGCACGCAUGAGAAUUGUAUCAUUGUUUAUGGAAAGCAACUUAA